AUGGGCUCCCGCCAGGAGCAGCAGCGCCACAGCAGCUACAAGAUCUAUGUCAAGAUGAUGAAAACUGUACCGCUUGAUGUUGAAUACACUGAUAGGGUCGAUCAGGUGAAGGCUAAAAUUGGUGCCAUUGAGGGGAUUGACAAGGGUCAGCAAGAGCUCUUUUUUGCUGGAAUUCACUUGAAGAAUGACAACGUGAUCACUGAUUAUGGCAUCAUGGCCAACUCUUCUGUUGACCUCUAUGUAACUGAUGGGAUUCAAAUAUCUGUCAAGAUACCCUCUGUUGGAAAGACUAUCAAGCUCGAUGUGAAGAAAUCCCAAAGUGUCGCUGACAUCGAACAGAAGGGUGGGAUUCCUCGGAAUGAACAAAUCCUGAUGCACGCAGGCCGACAGCUUGAGGAUACUCAGUUUGGUUUGGGCAAUGGUCAGACGCUGCAUGUUCUGAUUUGUCCGACUGAAAAGCUGCAUAUAUCUGUCAAUGUUGAGGGUGAAAGAACUUUGAAUCUCGAUGUAAAAAGCUGGUAUACUAUUGCUGAUGUCAAGUUGAUGAUUGAGACCAUGUUGGGUUUACCUGCCUUCAUGCAGACUCAAUCUGGCGGUGAUGCAGAACUUGAGGACACUCAGAUACUGAAGAGUCUACAUGUCGAGAACGGAGAGGUCCUCAUGUUGUACCAGAGUGUCCAGUUGUUCAUCAAGACUUGGGAAGGGAAGACGUUAACAAUGUCAGUGAAAAUGUCUGGCAUGACAAAGGAUGCCAUGAAGAAAAUCGAAGAAAAGCUGCCACUUAAGGAAGGUGUCUAUUAUCUACACUACAGGGGCCGUGUUCUAUCUCCUGGGGACACUCUUCGGAAGUCUAAGAUUGGGAGCAAUUCUACCAUUGAAGUCCGCCUCCAGAAUGUUGAGGAGUAUUGCAAAAAAGAAAGAAGCGCCGGGGAGCUAGCUAGUUGGGCCAGGAGACUGAACUAA